AUGCGAAGCGCCGUACUCGCCAGCGUGCUCCUUGUGGGCCUGAGCCACGCCCUCGUGGUACCCGACAACCUCGCCGACGGCGUGUGGGCCUUUGCGCUCGACGCCGGCGGCGACGCGGUCGGCGCGCCCGUGCCCGUCACCGCACUCCCCGCGGCCGUCAGCCGCCGCCUCGCGGCGCGGCAGCAAAACCCUCCCGCGCUGGCGAGCCCGCAGGUUCAGUGCAAGGCGGGCUACGUCAACGUGGCCGAGUUCGCGACGGCGCGGGCGGCCUUCAACGACCUGUGCGACCGGGCGCAGUCGUACCCGGCCAACGUCGGGAUCGUGGUGGCGCAGGGCUCGGCGCUGGCCUACAUGUGCAACUACGACGGCUCGAACCGGUGCUGGCGCCAGGAGUACGACGAGGCCAGCCUGCUGGUUGACGGGCGGUGCGGCAGCGGCCGCGUCGGGACCGUGCGGGUGCAGCGCUGGAACAAGAGCUACGGGCGGGCGAACCGGGGCGAGAGCAUCUGUUGA